CGAGACAGCAACGUACGGGUGUAAUCUGGGUUAUACUCAAACCGGAAAUGGACAAAUGGAGUGUAGUGAAACAGGAUCCUGGACGACUCCAGAUAUUACUUGUAUCAUUAAAGAUUGCAACACCCCGUCAUUUAUAAUAGACAAUGCCAGUUUUGAAGCAGACGCAACCACUUUUGGAAGUCAAGUGACGUAUACUUGUGAUGUAGGAUAUACCAAAUCGGGAUCUGGACUCACAACUUGUGGAGAAGAUGGAAAUUGGACUCCUGUGACGUUGACGUGUACAGUCGUUGACUGUGGUGAACCAACAGAUAUCCCAGAAUUUGAUGUCUCCUCUACGGAAACGAUAUUCGGUAGCAUGGCCAUUUAUAGCUGUAAAGAAGGAAAUCCAUCAGGCACUGCUCAGAUUACCUGCCAAGAGUCAGGGGAGUGGACGCAGCCCAGUUUAACAUGCACCGAGGAAGAACUACCAAAUUGUGGAACACCAGUGGUUCCAGCAAAUACAAUAGCUCCGGUUACUGAUGCAUUGGUGGGAUCAUCUGCGACCUAUUCUUGCGAAGACGGAUAUGUAUUAAUGGGAUUCGGAACAAUAACUUGUCAAGCCAACCUGCAAUGGACACCACCAGCCUUUUCUUGUCUGAAUCAGAUUUUCAUCAAUUGUCAGACAACUUUUCCGCCGGUACCCAAUACUCAAAAAGAAUAUACAACAACCUAUUAUGGGUCGACCGUAGUUUAUACUUGUGAUUUUGGGUACAGAGCCAGUGGUGAUGUCAGGGUCUCAACUUGUCAGAGUGACUUCAGGUGGUCUGAUGUGGAUAUAAGCUGUGAAUUAACGGAAUGUGGUUUGCCACCAACUGUGGACAAUGCCGGGUUGACAAUAACAGGAACGGGGUUUAUAACGGCUAAUUAUUACUGUUUGCCUGGAUAUAGAGACACUGGUAAUUCCAAUUUGCUGUUAUGUAUUGGGGAAUGGCAACCCCCUCCUACGUUUACUUGUGAAGUGAUCGAUUGUGGAGAACCAGCAUUAGUCGUUGCAAACACAAAAAUGGUGAUUACUGAUACCACAUAUGGAUCGACGGCAGUGUACACUUGUCUAGAUAAUUAUAAACAGGUCUCUGGGGAUGGAGAAAGCUCGUGUGGUGACGCUGGCACAUGGUCUUUACCAACCAUCACUUGUGAAGCACAAAGUUGUGAUCCGCCGACUCUAACAGUAGCCAACGCUAUCACCCCUACUGGAGAUUUUUCGAUUGGAUCAACACUCUAUUAUACUUGUCAAGAAGGAUUUGUUUUAAGCGGUGACGGCUCGACCACAUGUGGCGCUGAUAAACAAUGGUCAUCUCCAUCUUUCACUUGCAUCGAUAGAAACAUGAUAAAUUGUGGAUCUAGCGUUCCCGAGGUUGAGCAUACUGUCCCGAAGUUUACCACCACCUUGUAUGGGGACAUAGUGACCUACUCUUGUAAGUUUGGUUAUAAAGCUGAAGGGGACAACUUGGAAUCGGUCUGUCAGGCGAGUUUCACAUGGUCCACACCAGAUAUUACUUGCUUAGCGUCAGUGUGCGGGAUACCACCGUAUAUUGAAAACACCGGAUUUAAUGUGUCGUCAAUAGACUCAUUACAAGUCAGCUCUUACUACUGUCUGCCUGGAUUUACCGCCGUUCCAGGAACCACCAACGCCUUGUUCUGUAUAGAACCUUCGUGGAUGCCACCUCAAAGUGACUUUCAAUGCGUCUCGUCUGAUUGCGGCGAUCCGGUGUUGGUUGUUGAAAACGCAAAAGUUACUUUUGGCGAGACUACGAACGGAGAGCAAGCUGUGUACGUAUGCGUUACUGGUUACAGUCAAAUUGGUGAUGGUAUCUCGACUUGUGGGGCGGACACACAGUGGAGCACUCCCACUAUAACCUGUGAAGCUAUCGACUGCGGAGAAACCAAUCUAAAUAUUCCUUAUACAACACCAACUUUCACAGAGACCUCGUAUGGUAAAAUAGCUAUAUACGCCUGUAAUCAGGGCUUUGAACAAGUUGGUGACGGCGAGAGCGUCUGUGAACUAGAUGGAACCUGGUCUCAACCCGAUAUCACUUGCUUAGUGGAUUGCGGAAUUCCAAAGUUCUUCGUGCCCAAUGCAGCUAAGUUGAUAAGUGAUACUGGACUAGGAGAAAAGGGGGAAUAUCGAUGUAUUACCGGAUUUCUACAGACUGGAACAGGGGAAACAACUUGCCAAGAUGAUGGACAAUGGUCAAUUCCACUUAUCACAUGCUCACUGAAGAACUGUGGUCUAACAGGCGAUGCGGCUCCAAACAGCUAUCAGGAUUAUAUAGAGGGAACCAAAUAUGGUCAGAAAGCUUAUUACGUGUGUGACCCUGGAUUCAUGGAAGCGUCAGACAGUGUUGACUUCAUUGAAUGUCAGCCAGAUAAAACCUGGAC